ACCCCGGUGGCGGCGGUGGCGGCCGGGGGAAGCCGCGGAGCCGGUCAUGCGGCUGCGGGGCCCGCGGCCCGGAGCGUGCGCCCAGCCCUGAGCGAGGCCCCGCAGGGCGCCCCCCGCCGCUGAGAAUGAGUCACUGCAGCAGCCGCGCCCUGACCCUGCUAAGCAGCGUGUUUGGUGCGUGUGGCCUGCUGCUCGUGGGCAUCGCAGUCAGCACUGAUUACUGGCUGUACAUGGAGGAGGGAACGGUGUUGCCACAGAACCAGACCACGGAGGUCAAGAUGGCACUGCACGCUGGCCUCUGGCGAGUCUGCUUCUUCGCAGGCCGGGAGAAGGGUCGCUGUGUGGCCUCGGAAUAUUUCCUUGAACCAGAGAUCAACUUGGUGACGGAAAACACGGAGAAUAUUCUGAAGACGGUGCGCACGGCCACUCCGUUCCCCAUGGUCAGUCUCUUCCUAGUGUUCACCGCCUUCGUCAUCAGUAACAUCGGCCACAUCCGCCCUCAGAGGACCAUUCUGGCCUUCGUUUCUGGCAUCUUCUUCAUCCUAUCUGGCCUCUCCUUGGUGGUGGGCUUGGUUCUCUACAUUUCCAGCAUCAAUGAUGAGGUCAUGAACAGGCCCAGCAGUUCUGAGCAGUAUUUCCACUAUCGCUACGGGUGGUCUUUUGCCUUCGCUGCUUCAUCCUUCCUACUCAAAGAGGGGGCUGGCGUCAUGUCGGUGUACUUGUUCACCAAGCGCUACGCAGAGGAGGAGAUGUACCGCCCGCACCCGGCCUUCUACCGCCCGCGUCUCAGCGACUGCUCCGACUACUCGGGCCAGUUUCUGCAGCCCGAGGCGUGGCGCCGGGGCCGCAGCCCCUCCGACAUCUCCAGCGACGUCUCCAUCCAGAUGACGCAGAACUACCCUCCCGCCAUCAAGUACCCGGACCACCUGCACAUCUCCACCUCGCCCUGCUGAGGCCAGCCCCUCCUCGGAGCGCCUCCACCUCCUCCUCCUCCUCCUCUCCUCCUCCUCCUCCUCCUCCUCCUCCUCCUCCUCCUCCUCCUCCUCCUCCUCAGGGGCAUCCGGGCCCCCAGCCGGGCUCCCUCCCUCGGGGCUUCUCCAUCCCGACUGGAGGAUGCCUCGCAAGCUUUAGCCCCGCCCCGCCCUGUGGCCCCGCCCCUCGCCCUGGCCCCUCCUACUUUCCAAGGGCUCCUCCCCCCUCCGGGCCUUUCGACCUCCGCGGUCCGGUCCCUCGCAGACAGCCCCUCCCCCUCCCCCCCGGCUCCGCCCCUCCCCUGCGGAUCCGGGGCGGCGGACCUCCCCACGGUGCGCACCCCGCGCCCGGGGGCCGCCACGCUGCGCCCCACGGCCUCCCCUCUCGCCGCCGGAGCUCCGGGCUGGAGAGUAGGUUCGGCAGCCGCCUGGAAUGCCAACCGUUCUCUUCUCCCCUCGGCCCCGACUUCUCUCCUUCCCCGCCCAGUCUCCUCUCCGGAGCUUGGGGGCCCUCGGGUGCAGCGUCCGCAGCUGCAGAGUGGGGUGAGGGGCUGGAGGCCCGGGCAUGGUUUAACCUGGUGUCCCCACCACACACACACACACACACACACACACACACACACACACAGAGUUCUCUGCUUCUCCGGGAGGCCCCAUUCUUCCUCGCCGGCUGGGCUCUUGGCCUUCUGAAGGUCACCUGCCUUUGAGGGGGCGCCGUCGGAAGGAUGUCCUUCCUCUCUCAGCUGCCCUGGGCUUCUCUUUUUCCUCUUCCUCCUUUCUACCCGCUCAUCCAAAGCCCCUAGGUGCAUCUAGCCCCGCACACCCGCGACAGGGAUGGAGACCCUAGGGUGGAGGAAAGUCCUCCGUGCCAUUUCCACACCUGUGCCGGCCUCUUCCCCCUCGAGGCCCCGUCGGGGGAGGGAGAGGUAGUAGCGGGGGUCGAAACCCCCCAAACCUCGAAGUCUUCCAUUUUCUGGCACUCCCCCUCAUUGAGGUCCCUCUUCCCAUCUCAGACCCCCAACUCUGGCCUCUUUCAAAGGUCCGUCCGCCCCCUGGGACAGAUUUGGGGGGAAGAUCACCGGAAACUCGCCCUCCCCCUGAUUAGGGCAGAGGGGGUGAGGUAGCACAGUGCUGUACACGGAACCGGAAAGGCCCCCGGGGUGGGGGGAGGGGGGCAGGGCAGGGACGGGGGCUUUUAGUUUGCAUCUUAGGUGGGAGGGGGGAGGGGGGACCGCAGCAGUUAACUUGUCCUUACGCAGCGAUUUUUAACGAGGCUGGGGGGAGGGGGGCUUGAGGGUGGGGAAGGGAUGGGGUGGGGUGGGGGGCCCUGGCUCUGUUAUUUGCCGUGUAUCAUAUGUAAAUACCGACAGAAACUUCAAUAAACUUUAUUUCAAACACGUCUCCGCCUGCCCAGGGAGAGGGGAUUGGAUACGGUCCGUCCAGGUCUCUGCCCCUGGGGUGGGGGCCUUGAGUCCUGCAGAAUAAGGUCAGAUUGGUCUUUGUUAAGUUGCUUAAUCAUCAUAAUUAUUAACAGCAGCACUUUAUAAUUCAGUCCGUGUAAAGCAUGUAGGACAGCAAAUGACACCCGUCAGGAUCAAUAAAAAUUAACUGUUGGUGUUACCAUGACCACUUA